CAACUUCAUAGUAAUCAACAGACGCGCGCCAAUACUCGGCAUACUGUUCAUGAAUCUAUCUGAAUCAGUGUUCCAUUUAGUUCUCCUUAAUCGUCUCCGUAAAAACCAGUAAACAGUGUUCAUCAUCUAGAGAAAGAAUUCAACCUAAUUUUCUCCUAAAACCACUCAGCCGUAAAUUGACUCGGUUGUCAUUCGCCCGGCCAUAACCUGUAAAUAUGAGUUUAUUCCCCUCCGUCGGUUUCAUUCGUCAACCUCCGGGAUCCCCCCCGCGACGGAGUACAACAGCCUAUGUCAAUUAAUUAACUGAAAAAUCAGCGAGAACAGGUUGCGGCUCGUCCCCGAGGUCCUUCUCACCUAGUAUAAGCGAAGUACAACAACAGUGUCCGGUCAAUGACAAUAGAUCGUGCAAAGGUUGAAGGAAGAAAAUAUAAAACAUCACGGAAUAUCAAUUGUACCAACCGACGAAGGACGCACUGCAUUGCUGGCGACGAUUGUCAACAUUUCUAUUGCAUCAGAGGUGUGACGAUACUAUAGCAAAUCUACAUCGCUCAGUAGCAUCAGCACCCGUGUAGCGGAAAAAGUGGAAACAAUAUUGUGGUUAGGGGACAGCCGCCUUGAUGGUUUAAUGGUUGCGUUGAACGUAGGAAACUCGCGCGCGGACUUUUCACGCUCCGAAAAAUAAUACCACAGGCGAUUAAAACAAAAGCUCAUUAGAAAAAGUGAUGUUAGUACAGAGUGUAAUUAUUUUGACAGUUUAAUUGUCCGAGGAAUCGGUAUUUGGAUGAAACGUUAUUUUCAACCGAGUAACAGGAAGCCCUGAGUGAAUAUCGCCAGCUAACUCGAAACGCCGGGAGGUUAGACCGACUUAUAAAGGGUGACUAUCUAGAUGGUAUACUUCAAGUUCGUGUGUAUAAAGUGACAAUACUUGGCGAAGGUUUUUUUACUGAGAAUCUCAUAACAAGUGUUUAUCGUCCAGCCAUUGAAUUAUAAAAAACUAGAUUCGUGGGUCCCUCAGAUUGUGACGCAGCCGUAGAAUAAAUAUAUACUUGCAAGAUAGAUAGAUUGAGAUAUACAUAUAUACCCACACGUAUAAAUAGAUAGGUGCAUAUAGGAUGAGUGUGGAUUUUUAAGAAAUAAAUAACAGAGGCAAGAUAUUUGCAAGUGGAUAAAGUACUUUCAUAUUUAGAGAAGUCAAUAUAUUCGCUGUUUGGGGCAAUCUGCUCGUAGGGUAAUACGGUGGACAUGAAAAAAUGAUGUGAUCGACGGUCAUCAUGGCGGCACCCAUGUUAAAGUGGAAACGAAUCACAAAUCCAACUGGACCUCAACCCCGGCCCAGACAUGGACAUCGGGCUGUUGCCAUCAAAGAUCUUAUGGUUGUCUUUGGAGGUGGUAACGAGGGAAUAGUUGAUGAACUUCAUGUUUACAAUACAGCGACCAAUCAAUGGUUUGUGCCCUCGACGAAAGGCGACAUUCCUCCAGGAUGUGCAGCCUAUGGUUUCGUAGUAGAUGGCACGAGGAUUCUCGUAUUCGGUGGAAUGGUAGAGUACGGAAAAUACUCAAAUGAAUUGUAUGAACUCCAGGCCAGUAGGUGGGAGUGGAAAAGGCUGAAGCCAAAACCACCGAAAAAUGGACAGCCUCCUUGCCCAAGGCUAGGACACAGCUUCACAUUGAUUGGAAACAAAGUCUUCCUCUUCGGAGGUUUAGCCAAUGACAGUGAUGAUCCCAAAAACAAUAUUCCACGAUAUCUGAAUGAUCUUUAUACUCUGGAACUACUUCCCAACGGACAGACCAGUUGGGAAGUACCACAAACACAUGGACCGGCCCCACCUCCUCGGGAGUCCCACACAGGAGUGGCUUACACUGAUCGUACUACUGGCAAAUCAUGUCUGGUUAUUUACGGUGGCAUGAGUGGCUGUCGUUUGGGGGAUUUGUGGUUUUUGGACGUCGACUCUAUGACAUGGAAUAAACCCGUGAUACACGGGCCAACUCCUCUACCACGUUCUCUGCACACAGCCACCCUCAUCAACCAUCGGAUGUAUGUUUUUGGCGGAUGGGUACCACUUGUCGUUGAUGAUGUCAAAGUUGCGACACAUGAGAAGGAAUGGAAAUGCACGAGCACCCUUGCUUGUUUAAAUUUGGAAACAUUAACAUGGGAGCAACUACAGGUAGACUCUCUGGAGGAAAAUGUACCUCGAGCGCGUGCAGGGCACUGUGCAGUAGGCAUCCACAGUAGACUGUACGUGUGGUCUGGCCGCGAUGGUUAUCGUAAAGCAUGGAACAACCAGGUUAGGGUCUGCUGUAAGGACCUCUGGUACCUAGAAGUGAAUAAACCCCCUGCGCCCUCGAGGGUUCAAUUGGUGCGUGCCUCGACGAAUUCUCUGGAAGUCAGUUGGACCUCAACCCCAUCGGCCCAAUAUUACGUCCUCCAAAUUCAGAAGUACGACAUGCCACCAGCAACAGGAUCAUUCCCAACAGUGGCACCACCAAACUCCACCCCUGCGCCACCAGCUGCUACUCCACCGAUGCCAGCAGUGCCCCUGGUAACUCCAACGACUCUAAUAAAACAACUGCCACCAGUCCCAGUACCAGUGCCAGUAGCACAACCAGCAGCCCCAAUCGCCCCUCCAGCGAUAGCUGUUUCAACUCCAGUGGGUAUAGGCAUUCCGCCAAUAAGUGUCACUUCAUCAGUUGUGCGUCCAACUCUUCCACAGAGUCCCAUGCGUAUAACCUCUGUCCAAAAUCCGGGCCAAAGAGCAAUAUCAACAGUGGUCAAACCACCGAGUCCAAUGACCCCUCGAAGCGCCACUGGGAAUGUCAUCAGGAUACGCUCCCCACUGAUCACUUCGGCUGCAUCAGUUGCUCCAGUAACAGAACAACUGGCAGCAGCCACUCAACCUUUGCCUACGAAUAAAACCGGUCAAUCAACCGCCAUGUCAGGAAUAGCUGCAUUGGCAGCAGCAGCUGCUGCAACCCCGAAACUCACGAUGAACAAUGUACCAAGUGGCACCAUUGUUCCCCAGGCAACCGCAAACACCGUCCGUAUGAAGGCUGUCCAACCAGGCCAGCAGAUACGCUUCGCCACCCCAGGUGCCACUGUUCUCCGAGCAUCAUCUCCCCAACAAAGUAAACAGAUAAUCCUUCAAAAACCCGGUCAGAACAUAAGUGGUCAGCCACAAAUUGUUCAUGUGCUGAAAACAGGCCCGGGUAUGAUGGCUGUACCGAAAGUGAGUUUAAUACCAGGAAAAACAGUUCAAACGGCUGGUGGUAAACCCUUGAACCAAGGGCCAACAAUCCUUCGACUAGUAAAUCCCAAUACCGUCGCUGGUUCGAAAAUACUGACGACCAUGAAGACAUCGAAUUUAGUGACAAUGAGCAAGGGACAAGGAAUUGCUGGAAAGCAAACAAUCAUGAUAACAAAACCUGGGGGUAAUGGGGGUCUAGUUGGCAGAACAAAUCAAAUUAUUGUGGUGACAACUGGAUCGGGAUUGAGAGCAGUUCAGGCGGUUACUACGUCCCAGGCAGGACAGGGAGGACCAAUAACUACGUCAGUUAAUGUUCUUCCAAUAUCAGCAGCUAAUCACGUGACCAAUCAGCAGGGAGUGAAGAUGAUUGUUGUGUCGUCUGGGGCAAUGGGAGGUGGGGUGAGUGGUAAACCAAUAACAAUAACAGUGCCAGGACAUGGAGGAAUCCCCAAAACUGUGACAAUAGCAACUAAGGGAAGUCAACAGGCUCUUUUCAAUCCAUCUAAAAGUCAGAUUGUGACGGUUCCACAGAUGCAAAAGACUCAGGAUGGGAAGCCACUGACUCUUCAGAUGGCUGGGGGUCUUGGAAAAACCGUGACUUUAAUGCCAACAAGCAGUUCAAUCGUCACAAUGACUAGUACAUCAGGAUCAGAUUCUAUUGAUACCAGCAAAAUGCUAUUUGUACCCCAGAAACAGCCCUCAGCAUCUCUAACAUCGACGUCCGAUGGACCAGCCACAACAGAUGCAGCUCUGGCUGCUCUAGCUGCUGAAGCAGGACUCAUGGAUCCUGUUCAAGAAUCACCUGAGCUUAAUUUCAUGGUGACUGACGAUGCUGAUGCUGAAGGCAAAACUGAGGACAGUUGCAAUGGGAAUGAACAAACUACGACGAAUAUUGUGUCACAAUUGGCUGCUGGUGAGGCUAUGCAAGUCGAUAGUGACGGUAACUUUAUCAUACCACAAGUGGAUGGUCCAGGGGACAUGCUCUCUGAUGAUGAGGAUCUCCCAGAGAGUGAAAAAGAUGUCCCACAACAAUCUGCCAUUACUAGCGAAUUAACGAACGAAGAAAAUCAAGAUAUAUCUGAUGCUAUUGAACCCGCUAUAAUUGAGGAGACUCCGUUGGUCGAAGAAACUACCGAGAAAAAGAUUGAAGCUAGCGAGGAAGAGCAGGAGAAAAAGGAAUUAGCAAUUAAUGAUGAUGAGCAGUCAACGAAAAUGGACGAAGCCGAGAAAGAAACGGAUGCUCCUGAUGAAGUACCAAAGGAGGAGGUUGAACCGGAUAUUCCUGCUGAGACUGAUAUGUCGAUCACUGCUGAGGGAGAUGCUAUUGAGGAGCCACUGAAGUCUGAACCGCCACAACCUGAGGCAAUUGAUACUUCAAUCGAGGAAGAAAGUUUCGAUGAAAAAUUGAAAGUAGAUGAUGAGCAUGAUGUCUCCGACAUCGCGGACAAUUCAGAAGCUCCACAAGUAAUCGAUGAAUCAAUCAAGAAUGAGGAAAAGGAGUCGAACAAAGACGAGAAUGAAAGUUCGGGUCAUCAGAUGGAAAUGGACAAACUCUCCGAAGACAUCAAUGAACCAGAGCCAAGUGCUGAUGAGUCAUCGAUGAAACUGGCGCUUGAUGACUCAAUAACAUCAGAACCAUCUCCGCCACCUCAGGAGAAACCGAUUAAAGUUGAAUCAGCAGAGGAGGCGAUGGAUCGAGAACAAGAAUCUGGCAUAUCAACUGAUGAGCAGGGAGACACGACUAAUGAGCUGACGGACUCACAAUUAGAUUCUGAGAAAGUAGAUGUUCAUAAGGCGAUAAAGUACGAAAUAAAAGCGGAGAAAGUAGAGUCUGCUGAGAGUAAAAAUGAAACACAGAAGGAGUCGAGGGAGAGCGAUGAUGCUACUGCACUCUCGACUCUUGCCUCAGCAGCUCUUGGAUCUGCUGAACAGCCUGUCAAGGCAAAAACUACUGAGGAGGAGAAAAAAUUAGACAGUGAUUGGUACGACGUAGCUGUGACUAAAGCAACAACAUUCACAGUACAGCAUUAUUAUCUCGCUGGUGAUACAGAUUCUCUAGAUAUGCUGCAACCUCUUCCAGAUAUAUUCAAGGGAAGAAGUAGACUAGCUCUCGAGUCGGGAACUGCUUACAAGUUCCGUGUUGCUGCGGUAAACAGUUGUGGUCAUAGCCCCUGGAGUGAAGUAUCAGCAUUCAAAACUUGUCUGCCAGGUUUUCCUGGGGCACCAAGUGCUAUAAAAAUUUCAAAAUCAGCGGAAGGUGCUCAGUUAUCCUGGGAACCACCACCAAGCAAUCUUGGUCCAAUUCUCGAGUACUCGGUUUAUCUUGCGGUUAGAAGUGCCAGUGCUGUUUCAAAUAAUACUAGUGAAGCAACGACUGUAGCAACAACACCAACGCAAUUGGCCUUUAUUCGUGUCUACUGCGGUGCCACCAACUCGUGUUCUGUUCCAAACAGCUCACUGAGCGCAGCGCAUAUGGAUGUCACGACAAAGCCUGCUAUUAUAUUCAGAAUAGCUGCGAGAAACGAUAAAGGUUAUGGACCAGCUACGCAAGUCAGGUGGCUGCAGGAUCCAACAACAGUAGUGAAAAGUAAUCCACAAGUGAAGAGACAAGUAACGGAUGCUCGUUCCCAAGCAAACUCACCAUUGAAGAAAGUGAAACCAGAGCCAGGGGGUGAUCAUUUUUCGUGAAUCAGCAUCAUAAUCAUUGCUCCAGGUUAUCACCUGAAUGCCCAAAAAAAAAGAAUAUUUCAUCAAUUUACCUCGUUCUUUUCUGUUCGAUUCUUUUAUUCUGGCUGAUACGCACGUCUUGUCGAUCUUCAAUUUUUAUUAUUAUUAUUAUCAUUAUUAUCAUUAUAAAGUAAAAAAAAAACAUGUUCAUUGGUCAGUUGGUACAAGAAAUGAGGUGUGUGUAUGUGUGGGAAUUUAAAAUGUGACCAUUUGCUACAAAUCUCGGUAUGUGACCUCCACUGUGAAAAAAAAACAGAUUAUAUUUAUCCAUAUAUCCAAUCUCUUUGAAACGCACUGUUCUUACAGGAAGAAAGGAAAAGAGAAUUAUUUUGAGGUACACCAAGUGUUCGCAUUUUGGAAAUGGCGCAAAUGCCGUAUUGUUUUAUCCAUUGUCACUUUCUUUGAUACGAGUAUUCAUGUAUAAAUGGCAAUAAUUAUUUGAAAAAAAAGGGAAUAUACUUCAAAUUGAAACUAAUGAAACGAUAUUAAUAAAUUACAAGGCAUAAGAAAGUGGACCGAUGUUUGCAGCAUUUCAUUAUUUUCCACGGAGCAUCUUCAAUACAUAUCUUGAUCAUCUUGAGAACAAGCAGGUGAUUUUGACUCGUGUCCACUGUCUCUCUUUACGUUCUCAGAUAAAGAACAUCAUUACUCGAAGGGGGAUGAGUGCUGAUGGAGCGAUGCGGAGCGAGCUAGAGUUAUCGUUUGGUAUGAUUUUGUUAGUUACGUAAUAUAAUUGUAGUUGAAUGGCAUGUCUUUUCAGCCAGACAUUGGUGCUGUUUCUUCUUACAGAAUGAUCUACUUUUGUUACUGCCAUUGGAGAGAAAUGUAAAUCCACUAGCGUCCGAAAACCGCGUAUUCAUAUUAUUUUUCUUUUAAACUCGCAUACGUGUGUGAAUACAUUUUAAUAAAAAAAAAAUCCUAUUACUUUUUUUGAGAAAUUCUGUUGAAUAUUUCGAUUGUUUUUAUUUACAUUUAUUUUACUGAAGAGUAUGUCAUUUCAUCGUAUUUUUUAGAUAACGAUAAAAUUUUUAAUUUUCGAAAAUAAAGGUGAAAAAUGAAAAAAAAAAUAUCUAGUUAAAAUCAAGCCUAAAUUGCUUAGAAAAAUCAAGAUGUUUAUAUUUUUUGUGCAUAGAAUUAACACGAAAAACCACAACCAAUCUAAUAUGAUUUUAACAGAAUUUUUCAGACAAGACACUUCUUCAAUGAAAUUUAUUUCACACAUGCAGAUAUGCAAAUUGAUUGAACAAAUUCAAAUAAAUUAGAAUUACAGAUAGAGUCGUGUUUCGGGGAGAGAAAUACAAAUAAUAAGAACAUCAACGCGACUUAUAUUUAAAUUGAAUCGAAUUAAGUUUUUAUAUUCCAUUGUUUUAAUUACCAUAAUGAUUCUAAUAGUACUUAGUAAAGUAAAAAAAUAUGAUGAUAAUAAUAAUAAAAAUAAUAAUACUGAUGAUUUUUUAUGAAUGAGCAUAAUAAAUGAAUUGUUAAUAUCGAAAUGAGCGGAUGAUCAAUGACUUCACAUUCUUCCAAUAGAUUAUUCAACAGCAUAAUUUCCGAUGCAUUCACGAGCACAAACACUUUUGAGAAUAUAUCAUUCAAGUAUAUGCAACAAGACACGUGAAAAUAUUGGUAGGUAAGGCAGGAUAAUAAUGAAAUUCAACAAUCAAUGCUGUUCAGCAUUAGUUUCUUUUCAUACAUCAUUUGUCUGUUAUUUUUCUCAUUUAACCUGUGCACCACAUCACACGUACAUUUGCCUCACUAAUCAUCUAGGAAAUAAGAGGUAGUCGAUACUUAGGGUAAUCGUAGCUGGUCAUUCGAUAUUGGAUAGAAACGGCCGUAAGCUAAGCUGUAGAUCGGAAUAUGUACUCUUAUGUGAAAUCAAAGUGCCUAGCAUAUAGAUGAAAAGUAUAAUUUUUCUAAACACAUUCAAAUUCGUACGGUUUUUGAUAUUUGUUAUGAUUUCUCAUUUACGAAUCUUGUGGCAGUAAUAAAAGCAUAUGUAUAUGUUCAUAUAUUAGUACCGUAUUUUCUUCCUUCGGGAUCUGAUCCCACUGAGAAUUUUAAUUGAGGUAUUGAAGAUGAAUUUAUGAAGCGGUGAAACAAAGUAUAAAGGUAUGUGAGGGUGAACGAUUUUGGUAUUUUCUUUCGACGAUAAUGAGACCAAAUCGAAAAACAAUUGUAGCUUAACUUUUAAAAAAAUUGUGGCUUCUUUCCGAAGAAAAAGCUGCUUAUUUUAUAACAUACUUGAAUUGUCAAUUGAACAUGAAUAUUGAGUAUCAAUUUAGACUGAUUUUUACAUCAUAUAAGAUGCGUCAAUAUGUUUAGAUGGAUUUUCAAAAAUUAGUUUACUUAUUUUCAUUGAGAUAUCAAGGUAGAAGAGUUGAGAAUUGAUUGAGGGUAUAAUCGAGAGAUUGAAGAUGAAAAAGGCGAAUCAAGAGUCUCGCAAUAAUAAGACUACGCGUUGAAAAAAUUAAUAUUACGAACAUUGAAAAAAUUUCAACAGAAAAAUUAAAACGAAUGCAUAUAAUUCCCAUCAGAAGACCUCUGAAAUGCCGCAACUUAGUACAACAAAUCGUAAAUAUUUUGCACUCAUCUCAGUUGAAUUUCCAAUUGAUUUGCGACUCGAGAAAUGUUCAUCAAUGGGAAUAUGACUUUUUUUUAAUUUUAUAAAAUAAGAUUCAAUUCGACAGACGCCUAAUCCUAAAAUUCCACUGCAGUGCUUUCAGUUUUAUUCUUUCUGUCUCCAAAUAUUGUAAUCGAAUAUCAGAUGGACAGAUUGUUCUUCAUAAAUUACCAAUUGCAAUAAACUGAGAAUAAAAUAUUGUAAAAAUUGGUCA